GAGACUGAUCCGCAACAGGAGCACUAACCGGCGGGAGGAUCGCAUCGCUGUAUCGGAUAAUAAACAUCUCUACUUUCCUCAACACCCGGGACAUGACACCCACAUUUUAACCGUGUUAAAAGCUCACCAUCCAGCCCAAGAUGACGGUGGAUUUUGAAGAAUGCAUUAAGGAUUCCCCCCGGUUUAGGGCAAAUAUCGCGGAGGUGGAAACGGAGGUUGUGGAGAUCGAGGCAAAACUAGAUAAGCUGGUGAAGCUAUGCAGUGGGAUGAUCGAAGCCGGGAAGGCGUACGUCAGCGCCAACAAACUCUUCGUUAACGGCGUCCGGGAUUUAUCUCAACAGUGCAAGAAGGAUGAGUCGAUAUCGGAGUGCCUGGAAAAGUGCGGCGAGAGCCUCCAGGAAAUCAUCAACUACCACAUGGUCCUGUUCGAUCAGGCUCAGAGGUCUGUGAAGCAGCAGCUGCAGAACUUUGUGAAAGAGGAUGUUCGUAAGUUCAAGGACACGAAGAAGCACUUUGACCGCGUGCGUGAGGAUCUGGAGAUCGCUCAGGUGAAGAAUGCUCAGGCGCCGAGGAACAAACCUCACGAGGUGGAGGAAGCUACCGGAACGCUCAGCAUCACCAGGAAGUGCUUCAGACACCUCGCGCUGGACUACGUGCUGCAGAUCAAUGUCCUCCAGGCCAAGAAGAAGUUUGAGAUCCUGGACGCUAUGCUGUCCUUCAUGCACGCGCAGUACUCGCUGUUCCAACAAGGCUACAACCUGCUGGAUGAGAUCAACCCGUACAUGAAGAAGCUGGCUGCUGAGCUGGAUCAGCUGGUGAUUGAUUCAGCCAUGGAGAAGAGGGAAAUGGAGCAUAAACAUGCGACCAUUCAGCAGAGGACUCUCAUGCAGGACUUCUCCUAUGACGACUCUAAGGUGGAGUUCAACGUGGACGCCCCCAACGGUGUGGUGAUGGAGGGCUACCUGUUCAAGAGGGCCAGCAACGCCUUUAAGACCUGGAACAGGCGGUGGUUCUCCAUACAGAACAGUCAGCUGGUCUAUCAGAAGAAGCUCAAGGACUCUCUCACCGUGGUGGUGGAGGACCUCCGGCUGUGCUCCGUUAAACCGUGCGAGGACAUCGAGAGGAGGUUCUGCUUCGAGGUCGUCUCCCCCUCCAAGAGCUGCAUGCUUCAGGCAGAGUCUGAGAAGUUGAGACAGUCGUGGAUUCAGGCGGUUCAGGCCAGCAUCGCCUCGGCCUACAGAGAGAGCCCAGACUCUUACUACAUAGAGCACCUGGACAGAACGGCCUCUCCGUCCACCAGCAGCAUCGAUUCGGCCAGCGAGCCUCGGGAGCGCAGCGUCCGCGGAGAGAGCAUCCUGCAGAGGAUCCAGCUGCUGCCCGGCAACGAGCAGUGCUGCGACUGCGGCCAGGCGGACCCCCGCUGGGCCUCCAUCAACCUGGGCAUCCUGCUGUGCAUCGAGUGCUCCGGCAUCCACAGGAGUCUGGGAGUUCACUGUUCGAAGGUUCGCUCUCUCACACUGGACUCAUGGGAACCAGAAUUAUUAAAGUUAAUGUGUGAGCUUGGGAACAGUGUCAUCAACCACAUCUACGAAGGCUCAUACCAAGAACAAGGUCUAAAGAAACCAUUACCGUCCAGUUCAAGGCAGGAGAAGGAGGCUUGGAUCAAAUCAAAGUACGUGGAGAGGAAAUUCCUGAAGAAGCUGUGCUCCACAGAGAUCCUCAUCAACGGAGAGAGGAAGUCGGAGCGGCGGUGGAGCGUGAAGAAGUGUCGGAGGCACAACAGCGCCACCACGGUUCCUAAAACACGGCGGAGAUAUCGACACGACAUAGGAAGCAUCUCCCCGUCCACCCUCUCCUCAGCCGCUGCUAAGUUCAGAAGAGAAUCUCUGUUUUGUCCCGAUGAGCUCGACUCUCUCUUCUCAUACUUUGACACGGGAUCUGGGCCUCGAAGUCCCGCAGGCCUCAGCAGUGACAGCGGUUUGGGAGGAAGCACCGACGGCAGCUCGGACAUCCUGGUGUUCGGAUCGGUGGUGGGCAGCGUCACCGAGGAGUGCGAGGUGUCGGAGGACUCGAGCGGGGAGGCGGAGCCUGAGACGUCGGACCCCGAGGACCUUAGGGAGCUGCCCCCCGGGGCACUGCUCUGCAAAGCCUCCAAAGCCCGAAACCUGCCCAUCAUGGCUGAAGCGCUCGCUCACGGGGCCGACGUCAACCUGGUGAACGAUGAAGACGAAGGGAAGACGCCCCUCAUCCAGGCCGUCAUCGGGGGUUCACUGAUCGCCUGUGAGUUCCUGCUGCAGAACGCUGCUGACGUCAACCAGCGGGACGCGAGGGGGAGGGGCCCGCUGCACCACGCCACGUAUCUGGGACACACGGGGCAGGUGUGUUUAUUCCUGAAAAGAGGAGCGACACAGAACGAUGAAGAUGAAGAUGGCCAGGACCCUUUGAGUAUAGCUGUGCAACAAGCCAACGCGGAUAUAGUCACACUGCUGCGUCUGGCCCGGAUGAACGAGGAGAUGCGGGAGUCGGAGGGACCCUUUGGACAGCCAGGAGACGCCACAUACCUCGACAUCUUCCGAGAAUUUUCCCACAUGGCAUCCCACAACCCGGAGAAGCUGAAACGAAGGAGUGUUCACUUCAGACACUCCUUCAGGUAGUCGGUAAAUAAGCAGAGGAACACAAUGAUGUACUUGAAAAGUGCAACAGCCACUUUCCAUAUUCUCACAGUUACUAUCACAAAUCUUAAAGAAAAAGCAUAACGUGUUACAAGUUACCCAGUCUGUUUAUUCAGCAGAAAAAUUCACAUUUUAAUCCUUUUAAGUGAGAAAUCGUUCAUUUUUGGAUGCUGUUCGCUGGUCAUUAGCCCUCAAUUUCAUAUCAAUAUCCUACAGUAGCAUUAUAUCCGCAAGAGUCUUGUGCUGUUCUUGGAUCAACGUUUUAUAUUGAAAUGAGGAUUUUGCUGGUCUUGUCCUCUUAAAUGUUUUUACAAAUAAAUAUAGCAUUGCUUUUGUACAGUGUUAGAUAAAAAUUGUUUGGAUAAAAUGUCAAGCACUUGUUUUGUUAUUUUCUGUAAUCGUUGCCAUUUCUUUGCUGUAUCAAUUUCAUUAUUCUGAUUCAUUGAAGGAUUUAUUUGACAUAUACAUUUGUGUGUGUGUAAUGCAUGCAUUUACUCCCAUUAUAUUUCAUACUUGAAUUCAGCUAUGUUGUAUGGAUAAAGAGUGACAUCAGCUAUCAUCAACAACCAUGAAGUCGCAGUAUUACUUUCCGUUUAUUUUGUUAUGAAAUGUUGUGUUUUUUUUGCAUUGACUAUGCUGGUGUAGUCUUUGUAUUACUUUGUGUAAUUUGCAGUACCACUAUGAAAUGCAGUGCUUAUGUUACUGUAUAUGUGUUGUAGUAGCACACUUGAUAAUAUAUCUGUAUGACUAUGAACAGGAAUGCACAUGAAAGAUGGAUGAAAAAUAAACUUGUCUGUGUUUACA